UCAACAUAGUUACACGUAGACACGCACACACACGUGGAGCUAGAUAUCGGUCGAUCACCAGUAGGCCGGAGAGGAGAAUUCAUGGCCGCCACCGCCGCAUGCCGGAGCAUGGAGGGGAGAUGGAGUCUUGCCGGCUCCACGGCGCUCGUUACCGGCGGCAGCAAAGGGAUCGGGUACGUACUUUACUCUGAGCUAUUAGUACCAUCUAUGCUAUUACAUGGGUGUUUAUACGUUACAGAAUUAACGCGCUAUACGUACUUGCAUGGUGCGGUAUGGAUCAACAGGCAUGCGAUCGUGGAGGAGCUGGCGAUGCUCGGGGCUCGGGUGCACACGUGCUCCCGGAACGCGGCGGAGCUGGAGGAGUGCCGGCGGCGGUGGGAGGACAAGAACCUCCGGGUCACCGUCUCCGUCUGCGACGUGUCCGUGCGCGCCGAGAGGGAGAAGCUCAUGGACACGCUGAGGCAGACCCUGGGCGGGAAGCUGGACAUCCUGGUGAACAACGCGGGGCAGUCCAUGGUGAAGGCGGCGACGGAGUGCACCGGCGAGGACUACGCGCUGGUGAUGGCCACCAACAUCGAGUCGUGCUUCCACCUCGCGCAGCUGGCGCACCCGCUCCUCCUCCGCUCGGCGGGUGGUGGGGCAAGCAGCGUCGUCCACAUCUCCUCCAUCGCCGGCUUCGUCGGCUUCCCGGGCCUCGCCGUCUACUCGAUGACUAAGGGGGCGAUGAACCAGCUCACCCGGAGCCUUGCCGCCGAGUGGGCCGGCGACGGCAUACGCGUGAACUGCGUCGCGCCGGGCGGCAUCAACACUGACAUCGCCAAAGACAUGAUAACGAGGGACCCGGAGAUUGUGAAGAGCCAGGCCACGCAGCUGCCGAUGCAGCGGCUGGGCGAGACGGAGGAGGUGGCAUCGGUGGUGGCCUUCCUCUGCAUGCCAGCGGCGUCCUACAUCACCGGCCAAGUCAUCUGCGUCGACGGCGGACGCACCAUAGCAUAAAAUCGCGCCGAACGUCCUAUACCGAUAAGAAGUCACACAUCGUUCAAAGCUCUUGGACGGAUAAAAAGAUUGCACAGCUAUGUGUCAUUCUCAUUCUCAUAACCAUAUGUGUCAUAGAAAAGACAUAACCAUAUGUGUCAUUCUCAUUCAUGAAUCAUCAAUGAUGUGAAUUUGUCU